AUGCCCACAGACAAUGAGACCGCGGUCUACAUCCUGGUGCCAAUGGUCAUGGCUGACCAGCAUCGAUCUGUGUCAGAGCUGCUCCUUAACUCCAACUUUGAUGUGAACUACGCCUUUGAACGAGUACAGAGGAGUUUACUCCACAUCGCUGCCAACUGUGGGUCAUUGGAGUGUCUGGUUCUGCUGCUGAAGAGAGGAGCCAAUCCAAACUAUCAAGACAUCUCUGGAUGUACCCCUCUGCACCUCGCUGCUCGGAAUGGGCAGAAGAAGUGCAUGGGCAAGCUAAUGGAAUAUAACGCUGAUGUCAACAUCUGCAACAAUGAAGGCCUGACUGCUAUCCACUGGCUGGCUGUUAAUGGGCGGACGGAGCUUCUGCACGAUCUGGUGCAGCACGUGUCUAAUGUGGACGUGGAGGACGCUAUGGGGCAAACCGCGCUACACGUAGCAUGUCAGAAUGGACACAAAACAACGGUGUUGUGUCUACUGGACAGUGGAGCGGACAUCAACCGGCCAAAUGUCUCUGGAGCAACACCCCUUUACUUCGCUUGCAGCCAUGGCCAGAGAGACACCGCACAGAUCCUGCUCUCCCGCGGGGCCAAAUACCUUGCUGACAAAAAUGGAAUCACGCCUUUGGAUCUUUGUGUGCAGGGGGGAUAUGGGGAGACGUGUGAGAUUCUCAUCCAGCACCAUGCUAGACUCUUCCUGAUGCUAAUCCAGAUGACACAGAAUGAGGACGUUAAAGAGAAUAUGCUCAGGCAGGUACUGGAGCACGUCUCCCAGCAGAGUGACAGUCACUACCAGAGGGUUCUGACUGGUCUAGCAGAGGUGGCCACCACCAAUGGACAUAAGCUUCUCAGCCUGUCCAGUAGUUAUGAAGCUCAGAUGAAAAGUCUUCUGAGGAUUGUUCGUAUUUUCUGCCAUGUAUUCCGCCUUGGGCCUUCUUCACCCAAUAAUGGGAAUGAUAUGGGCUACAAUGGAAACAAGACCCCUCGCAGCCAAGUCUUUAAGCCCCUGGAGCUGCUUUGGCACUCACUGGACGAGUGGCUGAUGCUCAUCUCUACAGAGCUUGAAAGAACCAGGGAGAAUCCUUCCUCCUCCUCCUCUAGCAGUGAGAUAGCCUCCCUUCUGCGGAAGCAGCGAGACCCAGAGAACUACAGCACCGCGCCGAAGCUCUCUGUGCUGGAACAGCAGAUUGUCAUGGAGGCAGAGGUCUGUGUUGACGGGGAGGAUGUGAUCUCCAUGACGGCAAACAGGCUCAGUGCUGUGAUCCAGGCCUUCUAUAUGUGCUGCUCGUGUCAGAUGCCACAAGGGUCACCUUUUAAGGAUCGCUGUGAGUGGUUUUACGAGCAUCUGCUGGCUGGCCAGCCGGACUCAGACAUGGUUCAUCGUCCUGUUAACGAGAGCGACAUCCUUCUCAUCCACAGAGACUCCAUAUUCAGGAGCAGCUGUGAGAUGGUUUCCAAGUCCACCAAUGAAAAGCUCAAACAGGGCAUAGCAGUUCGCUUCCAUGGUGAAGAAGGAAUGGGCCAGGGAGUGGUUCGGGAAUGGUUCGACAUCCUGUCCAAUGAGAUCAUCAACCCGGAUUAUGCUCUGUUCACCCAGUCAGCUGAUGGAACAACCUUCCAGCCAAACAGCAACUCCUCAGUAAAUCCGGACCAUCUGAACUACUUCCAGUUUGCGGGUCAGAUUUUAGGUCUGGCUCUGUACCACCGGCAGUUGGUCAACAUCUACUUCACCCGCUCCUUCUACAAACACAUACUGGGUAUUCCAGUGAACUACCAGGAUGUGUCCUCUAUCGAUCCAGAGUACGCUAAAAACCUGCAGUGGAUCUUGGAUAAUGACAUCAGUGAUCUGGGUCUGGAGUUAACCUUCUCUGUUGAGACGGAUGUUUUUGGAGCGAUGGAGGAAGUGCCCCUUAAACCUGGAGGUAGCAGCAUCCUGGUCACCCAAGACAACAAGGCGGAGUACGUCCAGCUGGUGACGGAGCUGAGGAUGACACGAGCCAUCCAGCCUCAGAUAAACGCCUUCUUACAAGGAUUCCACACCUUCAUCCCCCCAUCGCUCAUACAGCUUUUUGACGAAUAUGAAUUGGUACGUGCCUCUCCUCCCCCUCUCUGCUUUCAUGUAUCACCUUUUACUGCUGCUGUUGUCCUUGCUCCCCUCUGCGUGACACCUCUCACAUCUGAUGAGGGAUUGAUUAGCCAUGUGGGGGGAGGGGCCUUCUGUGUCACCUUGGCGCCUGUUUCUCUUCAACCCCAUUUGGGGUCUUUUCUCUAUUUUGUGUUUUUGUGUUGGCAAAUGCCACAUCAUGCAUGGAUCCCUGUGCAGCACGACAUAUAUUCCAGCCUGGAAUGCCUUCAUGGUGACAUGUUUUCAGGGCAACCCAGCAGUCAAUUUAGUGUUUUCACCUCGCAGCAGCUUUUCCAUUUUCCCUCUGACUGGCUGCUUUUAGCACUCACAUGCUGCUUUGAAUUUAAAGCACCGAGAUGCAUUGAGGUUUGGUUUUGGUUGGUGGUGAGGAGCCUCACCCAGGAGGAACACGUUUUACUGCUUCAGUUCGUCACUGGGAGUUCCAGGGUUCCUCAUGGGGGCUUCGCCUAUCUGAUGGGGGGCAGCGGUUUGCAGAAGUUCACCAUCGCUGCAGUGCCAUAUACCUCCAACCUGCUGCCUACUUCCAGCACAUGCAUCAACAUGCUGAAACUGCCAGAAUACCCAAGCCAGGACGUCCUCAGAGACAGACUACUGGUGGCUCUGCACUGUGGCAGCUAUGGCUACACCAUGGCCUAAACAUCCCAUGCUGUUAGGUUUUCAUCUUCUUCAUAUUUGUACUGUUAUUAUUAUUAUCAUUGUUAUUAUCAUUAAGUUGUAACAAAAUGCUGGGAAAACUGAAACUCUGCACACAUCUGUGCCAGAACUUGAAUCCUAUUAUUUGUUAAUUUUAUUUACUCCUCAGUUAGUACUGUUUACAUCACUUAUUUAUCACUUAAGGUGUGAAAACCCCAGAAGGAAUGAUGCUAAAUGUGUUUGAAGAGGAUUCUGUAUGUUCCAGAAGGUGGUCAGUCGUCUGUCCAAUCAUUACAGCUUCGUCAUAUUAGAGGUUUGAGCUAAUAGGAGCUUUAGCCAAAAUAACAGAACAAAGGGAAUCUUGUUUGUUUCUAACAGUUUCUACUACAGUGGAAUAAGAAUAAAACUUUAAAACAUUGCCGGGAAACCAGGUUUAAGAAAAAAAAAAAUGUUUUUAUUCCAUAUAAGUUAAACUGUUUGCUAUUGUAAAACCAAGUCAGUUGCCAAACUAUUACAUAGGGACUGUUUUUCACUUCAUUUUGCUCCUUCACCCUAGCAUUAACACCGUGUCCCUUCCUACUUCUAUUUAUGACCAAUAUUCCCCCUGUUUGAACACCAUGUCUAUUUUUAAAAGGAUUUUCAUGCGUUCUUUCUGUCAUGCAUACUUCUGUUUAUCUGUGUUUGGCUGAUUAUCGAGAUACAUUUUUGUUAAAAAGAUAACUGAAAGGUUUGUCCACAGAGUAACGAUGAAAAAUUCCAUGUGAAACGAGGGCGCUGAAUGAGUAAUGAAACCAUUUAUGAUCUGUACGUUUAAAAUACUGUAUCACUAUUUUCCAUAAUGGACUAAAUGUAAAGUAUUCUGCAGGAGGAAGAGAAAAAAACAUAUUGAAUCCUGGUUUGACAAAUCUUGUACACCACAAAAAGUCAACUAAACGUGUCUAAAAUGGAAAAAAAGUUUAGAAAAAAUAAAUAAAUAAAUAAUCUCCAUUAUCUCAUUUCUAGUGUCUAUAUUGUUAUAAUUGGGGCCGAAAUACUAAUUUCUCUGGGAGAUGGUUUACUUAACUGUCAGAGGACGGGAAAAUGCACAUAUUUAAAAGUUAGUUUUUUCUUUUUAACUGUUUUUAAGUUAAAGUUUUGCAUUGUAAAAUUACUCAAAUUGUAAAGAUGUGAAAAACAAAGGGAAAACAUGGAUGGAAAAAAAUGCUGAUUUUUUAAAUUAAAGUUCAGAAAAUUGGUCCAACUCAUCCUUAACCUGUCUGAGAAGAUUUGU